CUUGGACAAUCUGGAGUCUAAGAUGGAAGAGAUGGAAAAAAACAAUAGAAGCAAAGAACAGAUUGUCAUGGGGGAUGUUAUUGGUCUUCUUCACAUACAAGAUGAGAACACAGAAACCAGAGACACAUGUUACUCUUCAGAUCCGAACAGGAUAAACGUCACUGAUUGUCAAAGUGACCUGAACACAGACAUUCCCUGGUAUGUAAGGAUUCCCAGUGAAGCCUCUAAUAAAUCACGACUGGAAAACAACGGACGUGCAGUACUUGUAGUUCUACGGUUCAAAAACAUGGGAAAGGAUGAAACUGAAAAUUACACAGUUUUGAACAAUGAGGUUUAUGGAAUAACGAUGAGGGCCAAAAUCUCCAACCUUACCAACAAAAUAGAAAUGUUCUUUACACAGAAAGAACUGGUCGGCGAGGCGUCUUGCAGUUCUUGGGAUGGCAAAGGAAAUCUAACAUGGACGACGUUCGGCUGUGCGACCAAAAAAAUCAACAAAAACACUAUACAGUGCUUGUGUUCACAUCUGACGUUCUUUGCAGUGCUGAUGUCUCCUCCAGGUGUAAAUCUAAACAGCACAGCGGAGAAUGUGGAAGCAUUGAGCUUCAUCUCUUCUAUCGGCUGUGGCAUCUCCAUGUUUUUCCUGUCCGUCGGUCUGUUCAUGCAUUUCCUAUUACGGAAAGCCAAAUCAAACCAGGCCACGAAGAUCCUGAUGAACAUGUUUGUGGCUUUGUUUCUCCUGAAUCUAUCCUUUUUGUCAAACGAGAGUAUCGCCAACACAGAAGACAAGGCUGCGUGCGUCUUCAUAGCGCUGCUCAUGCAUUACUCAAUGCUGGCUACAUUCAACUGGUUCUUCAUUCAAGCUCUUCAUAUGUACUUAUGGCUCAUCAGACAGAACGUCACCGUCACAAACUACAUGAGGAAGAUCACCGUUUUCGGCUGGAUGAUUCCGGCUCCAAUAGUCGUAGCUGUUGUUUCAUUAGGAGAAUAUAAAGAAGUGAUUAUAACAGCAACAUCUGGAAAAAACAGACGAAUGUGCUGGAUUACAGAUCCUUUAAUUCACUACAUAGUGAACCUUGGCUACUACGCUCUAGUCUUCAUCUUCACGACAGGAGUCUUCAUCAUGAUCGUCACUAAGAUUGUCCAAGCCCGACACAUAAAAGUGGCUGACGGCAAGAGUUGCACGUUCAGAAAGCAGCUGAUGAUGGUGUUGAGUUUGUUCCUGCUCUUCGGCCUGACGUGGGCUGUGGCGUUCUUCAGUUAUGGACCGAUGCUCAUCCCCUCAUACUACAUCUUCACUUUCUUGAACUCGUUUCAGGGGUUUUUCCUCUUCCUGUAUUACAACCACAUUCAUAAUGAUGUUGCGGGAAAUUUCUCUGAUGAUCCAGAAAGCUCCAGCUCCACCACAACCAUCGUUUAAUCCAGCAUUAAUGUUUAAUGACUGAAAAUAUGUAAUUUGACCAGGAAAAACCUAGUCUUAAGUCAGUGGCAUGUUAUUUACAGUAGAUGUAAUUUUAAGGGCACAUGCUUGGCCAUAAUGUACAGUGUGCACAAUGCACACACUUGAACUCUCAUCUACACAGACGCAGGAGUUCCCAUUGCAAAUCUUACAUUAUUACAAGAAAAAAUAUGAACACACAAGGGAAUCAUUGUGGCGUCCAUGAAGAUGUGAAAAAAUAGGCAUAAAUCUAGCUUACACAUAUAGAGAAAUUAUUAUAAGCCGGUUUAACCAAAGCUAAUUUGGUUGGGUUUCUCCUUUGUCUCUUAGACUAAUUUCUUAAACUGAGCUGCUGUUUAAGGGGAACUGUUUUUAAAAUUUAAUUCUCACCAAAGACAAAUGUUUAUAUGAUGUCAUGUUUAUAAUCUUUAGUGAGAACUGUUUAAAAUGUUAAAUUAUGACCCUAAAAUGUACAACAUUAUUGAAAUCACUCAAAAUAAAUGACAAAUAUCUGUGAUG